AUGCUCGACGGCGAAGAAGAGGGCGAAGAGGGCGAAGAGGGCGAAGAAGGCAAAGACGACGCUGGGUGGUUUUCUGGCGAGAGAAGAGAAUCGCGAGCUGCUGCUGCAGAGAAGAGGGCUUGGAGGGAAAAGAAGGCUCGCGAAGGACGAGAUGAAGGGGGAAAAAGCAAAGAAGAUGAAAAUUUCUCCUGCGCAGCCGAUUUUUACGAGGAUCAGAAAUCUACGAGACAGAUGGGGGACCGCUCUACGGAGUACAUGGGACAGACAGGACGCCGGACAGCUUGCUUCUUCGUCGUCUUCUUUUUCUUUUUCUUCUUCUUCUUCUCCUGCUCAGCUUCGGUCUGGCGAUUACUUAUCAUCGCAUGGGGGUGUUGCUCCCUGUCCUUCCGCUGCUUCUCCAGACGCGCAUAUCAGCCACAGCCAGCGUCCUUGCCGGCCGGAGGAUGGGCUGAUGAGUGUGCAUGGAAGAGGCUGUCCGUCCUGUCCGUCCUGCCUGUCCUAAGUUGA